UCAUGGCGAGACCAUCCUUGCUUAUAGUGCUUCUCGCUGUUUCUUGCCACCGUACGUCCGGCUUCGCCCUCCGCGGGCCGGUCCAUGCCCGUCGCUGUCUGACAAGCGCACCGUUUGCUAGACGGACGCUCUGUGCAACGCCCAGACCACGGGCUGCACCGACCUCGACGAGACGCCUGAUUGCCAAACACCGCUUGUCAUCGGUGCCCGUCGAGCUAUCGGCAGCUGAGGCGACGGACGUGCCCCAGGCCCCGACUCCUGCCACGGCUUCCAGCAGCAGUGGCCCAUCCCUGUUGGCCACUGGCACAUCCUUCACGGCGAUCGUGGUCGCUGAUUUCGUCCUCAGGAGGGCGUUUGUCCGGGCGGGGAUAGCAUUUCCGCCCAGCCUCGCGGGCAUGGUCGUGUUGUUCGCAGGAUUGGUCGUCUUGGAGCGCGCUGCCCCCAAGUCGGCCGAAGAUAUCGUUAGCUCGCUGGAGCCAGGAGCGGCGCUCUUGGCCAGAUGGCUGCCUGUGUUUUUCGCCCCCAGCUUGGUGGUCCUCCCGCUGUCGCCGCCCCCUUCCUCCGUAAACGCCCUCAAGCUCCUGCUGCUGGUCUGCGGCGGCUGGUUCGUGAGCCUGUCGUCCACCGCGGCCGUAGUCGGCGCCCUUUCACCCCCGGCCGAUGCCUCAACCACUGAUUCUGCGGCGCCCCCGAAGACGUUGGCACCGGUUUUCCGGGGUCCGUUUGUCAGGGGCCUAGGCGCCGGCGCGGUGGUGUCGGGGGUACUGGCGGUGGCCGGCGGGUCCGGGCAGGCGCCGGGCGCGCUGCUUACGAAGCUCUCCAAGCCCGCCGCCCAGCUGUCGCUGCUGUUGGCGACUCUCUUCGGCUUUUCGGCGGGCACCCGCAUGCCCAGGCGGGUCUCCAAAGCGGUGCACCCGGUCGUGAUGUGCUCGGCGGUCGCGAUGGGGACCGCGGCGGCUAUCGGGAAGGGGGUCGGGCUGGGCUUUGCCGACAUGCUGAGGAGCUACCUUACUAGGUCCAGAUGUCCCGUUCACCUUGGCGCGGGUGAUGUUCUGCUGGGUCUGUUGGGGCCGUCGGUGCUGUCUUUUGCAGUGCAGAUGUACAGGCGGCGAAAUUUGAUUUUUGAGGACGCCAAACAGGUGGCGGCCGGGUCAGUGUUUUGUGCUUCGUCAGGGCUCUUCGGGACGGCCCUUGUGUCCAGGUUGCUAGGUCUUCCCACCACGCUGCGGCUUGCGGCGCUAUCGCGCAACAUCACCUCGCCGUUGGCCAUGGCCAUCUGCUCGCUAAUUGGCGCGGAUCCUUCGUUGGCGAUUGCCAUCGUAGUCCUCACCGGUGUCAUCGGGGCUAACUUCGGCGCGACGGCAUUAGAUGCCUUGGGAGUGAAGGACCCUGCUGCGCGAGGGCUGGCUCAGGGAGGAAGCGCGCACGGCCUGGGCACCGCGGCCAUGGUGAACGAGCCCACCGCUUUCGCUUUCUCGGCGGUGUCCAUGGCCCUCACGGCCACCGCCAGCACGGUCCUCGUGAGCAUCCCUUCGGUGCGGACGGCCUUGGUGAGGUUAGCCCUGGGUGCGGCAGCCGGUGUACCGGCAGCCCCGUGAGGCGGUUUGUUGAGCCAGCCCCGUGCUGCUUCGAAAACGGUGGCCUUCGCUGGGAACUUAACCUUGGUUUUAAUAGGCGGAGUUGGGGGCUAAGGGUAAGGAUAGGGAUACGAAGAAUCCCUCUCUGCUUCAUACACUAGUUUGACUCUGAAAUCCUCGCAAAGGCGGUCCUUGGUGCAAGGAUGAUGAACUACUGUCGGGGCGCGGCGACCUGACACGGGCACAGUCUUUGCCUUUGAGCAAGCUAGGGUACAAGUGUGACGGAAGCUGCUCGAAGGUCUGGCCAAAAAAUACGCGAAUCUUGUAAAUUACGUUAGAGAUUUUUCCUUAGACAGGGUGCAGAGUUUGGGGCGCUGGAUUGUGUCCACGCGCCAACGCGAGUGACGCGCCGUAGCAUGCAUAUGUAAGCGCCCUUCCUGCAAGUAGGUGGCCGGUACAGGGGAGGAAAAGGAGGGGGGUGGAGCAAAAACGAUACCACCUGUAGAGCUGUGGCAUAUUGCCAUCGUCGGCUAGGCGAAAGUUGUUUUAGACCGAGCGGUCCCGGUAACGUGGCGUUCUUGUAGUUUUGACUCCACGCUCAUCGGCAGCUUCAGUUUAAAUCUUAGAACAGG